AUGGAAGACAUCCGGGUUAUACCAUUGCCCUUUCCAAACUACGAUCGUGUUCCAGAGUACGAUCCAAAAAGUCCAUCCGUCGUAGAUUUAUGCGUGACUUUGAUACCGAAUCAAACGUUUCCGCGACCUAUCGGAACUCGCGCCAGUCGCGACAACAUCGUUUCCCACACUGGUGACGAUAUUCACUUGGAUGGACCUCUUUCGGUCGCUGUGGCUGACCAAAACCCCGUCCCCGAAUCGUCAAUACCUAGGCGAGACGAAAGUCCAGGUCCUGGAUGGUUCACCGCGUACUCCGUUCCAGCGACGCGGCCUGAGGAAUCCGAGCUGCCCCUACGAGUUCCGCGGCUCCGUCGCGUGCGUCCGCGUUCCGCAAUGAACCACGGCGGGUCGAGCGAUACCCUCGCCGAUCCGUCGAUCCAACUCGGAGCGCCACCGCGGUACUACAUGUUCCAGGACUUUUUCCGAGACGGGCGUGACGCGGUCGAAGAUGCGCCCGAUGAUGGCGAGGAUGGGUACGGCCAAGAACCUCUACCCAAGCGACUCCGCUGGAUACACACUCCCACACAAUGUACCGUGGAAAAGGACCAAGACAGUGCGAGCGACCUUACCGCGUCUUCUUCUUUUAAUGAAGCCUCCGAGGAUGACUUCAGCGAAGACGGAAUAUCCAACGUCCAUGCAACGAAGACGAGUUCCGGAACUAGCAAUCAAGAGUAUACAGUGUCAUUCUUUUCGUUUGGGGACACACCGCUCGCUCACACCCAGGCGCUUCGUAACGGCAACAAGUCUCCUCCACCGCUGCUACUACCGUCACCAACCAGUACAGCACAAUCGAGCGUUCCCAAUCAAAAAGGGGGCAUUGCUCCCAAGAAGCGAUUCAUGGAUCGGUACAGGCAAGCUUCGUGGUCUACCCCCUACGCCGAACAGCACGAAAUUCGGAGCAACCGGAGGGCCUUCGAGGCGUGUCCCGCGAAGUCGGCACCGUGUUGGAUCGUCGGGCGGCGACCACGUUGGUGGAGGUGUCACUACAAGUGGGAAAUGGAAAAUGGGGAGGAUACCGGUUUGGUGGAUGCUCCGGGUUAG